AUGUUUGCCAAGUCUCUCCUUCUGGCCGCUGCCGCCCUCGUCCAGCACGCCGCUGCCGCCUCCGCCGUCUCCGGCACCCCUGAGGGGUUCGCCUCCGGCGUCACGGGCGGCGGCUCGGCCACGGCCGUCACCCCCACCACCAACGACGAGCUGGUCUCGUACCUCGGCGACAGCGAGGCCCGCGUCAUCCUCCUGACCAAGACGUUCGACUUCACCGACUCCGAGGGCACCGCCACCGAGACCGGAUGCGCGCCCUGGGGUACCGCCUCGGCGUGCCAGGUCGCCAUCAACAAGGACAAGUGGUGCGACAACUACCAGGCCGACGCGCCCACCGUCUCCGUCACGUACAACAAGGCCGGCCUCAACCCCAUCAAGGUCGCCUCCAACAAGUCCAUCGUCGGCUCCGGCUCCAAGGGCGUCAUCGUCGGCAAGGGCCUGCGGAUCGCCGGCGCCAAGAACGUCAUCAUCCAGAACAUCAAGAUCGAGAACAUCAACCCCAAGUACGUCUGGGGCGGUGAUGCCAUCACCCUCGACACCACCGACAACGUUUGGAUCGACCACGUUACCACCUCCAAGAUCGGCCGCCAGCACCUUGUCCUCGGCACCUCCGCCUCCGGCAAGGUGACCGUCUCCAACUGCGACUUUGACGGCGAGAGCGAGUUCUCCGCCACCUGCGACGGCUACCACUACUGGACCGCCUACUUCGCCGGCUCCAACGACCAGAUCACCUUUAAGAACAACUACGUUCACCACUUCUCUGGCCGCUCCCCCAAGGUGAACGGCAACUCCUUCGUCCACGCCAUCAACAACUACUGGGCCGAGACCUCGGGCCACGCCUUCGAGGUCGACGAGGGCGGCUACGUCCUCGCCGAGGGCAACGUCUUCAACGGCAUCUCCACCGUCCUCGAGUCCGGCGGCGCCGGAGCCACCCUCGCCAUCACCUCCUCCAACGCCGCCCAGUGCGAGUCCAAGCUCGGCCGCGCCUGCCAGGCCAACAGCCUCACCGGCUCGGGCAAAUUCGACGGCUCCGACACCAGCGUCCUGUCCAAGUUCGGCUCCGCCGACAUCCCCGACGCCGUCGCCGCCUCUUCCGUCUCCAGCAGCGCCGCCGGCUUCGGCAAGAUCUAA